CAGCGACAGAUUGACAAGUGUGCUCAACCGCGCACUGGAGAAUGAAUGUGGUUUGUAACUUCUUAUUUGCUGACCACAUCUCUCGUACUGAGCGGGUUCGGUCUGUCUAAACUCAGCUGCAUGUAAUGUUUGGUCCCAUUUGCACACACGUGCGUAACAAAACUAGCCGCGAAUAUAAUAACGGUCCACUAAUUACUUCUGCAGACAUCUGAGAUAUAAUGGUUCGCAUAGCAAACAAAAGAAAGAAAUACAUUUUUCAGUGGGUUUGGUCCGCGCUCCGUGUGCGCGCUGUGCUGUAGUCCUGCCUCAGGAAGCGCCAGGCAGCACCUCCCGUUUCCACCGAGGAGCGCACCAGUUUACUGUAGCAUCAGCACUGGAGAUGCACGGCGGCUGAGAGCUCAGCUGCACGCUCUGCGAGGACAGACACCUUGCACAAGUCGACAACCACUGGGAGAAGACCGAGAUGACUGGAACUCUUGCUCUACAACUUGAUUCACCCGCUAUGGGUUUGCAUUUGGAUUAAAGUUUCCGCGUCAUUUGGAGGGAGUCGGUGGGUGUGCGCGGGGGAAAAUGAGGAUAAGUGUCGGCAGCCGUGGAUAAUGAUGUCCCACGAUGAACGCAGAUUUUCAAAAUCCACUGCAAGUCCCUCGACCAAAGGUCCGCAGUCAUCUCACCAUCACAGUGCAGUCCAAGCUAAUGUCAAGGCCUAUUCCCACAGUCCACGGUCCAAAACCUCCUGUCGCACCCAAGCCCAGACCAUUCUUUAGGCCUCACCCACAGGGGGAGCCCUGCCCUCAAAAGAGUCUCAGUAACGGAGACCUGGCUCACUCCAAUGGGGAGACUGAAGAUGUCCAUGAAAUGGCUGAGGAGAAUGAGGACACAGAGGGAAAAAGUGACGCAGAGGACACGGUCAGUGACAGCGGCACAGGGUGCAAUAAAAAAGAGGACAUAGUAGAAGUAGAAGCCAAGGAGCGAGCAGAAAAAGAAGCUGAAAUGUUUGAUAAUGAUGAUGAUGUUGACAGCAUUGACUCAGAGGACACCGUCAAAGCAGACGGCUCUACCGCGGACACUACUGAGGAUGAAAAUACUGACAAUGACUUGAAUCAGCCCGACGGUGGCAGUCGCACUGAUGAUGAAAAUACAUCGACGCCUUCACUUCCUCCAACUGAACCUGAGGAUGAAGCAGCAGAGGAGGAGGAGGAAGAAGAGGGGGAACAGAGUUUUAUUGAAAAGACUGAAAUACUUUGUGACCCUUCAGAACCCUCAGAUGAACAUGUAGAGGAACAAAGUCUUGAUGAAACACAAUCACUCAGUUGUCAUUGUGGUGAGGACAAAGACGGAGAACUUAACGGAGCGGAGGGUGAACAAAGCGAAGACUGUCUGCACUCUGACUUACUCGCAAAUGACACUGAGCUGGAAGCCAGAGGAUUUGCAUUUGGAUUCAGCGUGCUUUCAACUUUACCCGAGGAGUAUCCCUACGAUGUGAUUGGCCCCACAGAUGAUGCUAGUGAUACGUGUGAGUCAUGUGAUGCAACUGAAACAGGGGAAACAGAGGUAUGGCAACCAGAAAGAGCCACCAAGGACCUCUCCGGCUGUUUUAGGUUCAAGUCCAGCACUGAGGAUGUUUUUGGGCCUUAUGCUGUCAUAGAAGCUGUGCCAAGCGAUGUAAGUGGCACUGCUGAUCCAGAGUGGAGUCAGGAUGAUGCUGAUGACAACCCUGAAACCGUAGAUGAACUGCAAGCACCAGGCUCUUCUAACCAAGAACCUUACUAUGUGUCAUCAGAUGACGUGGACAAGUUAGAGGACAAGCAAACACUCUCAGAACAGGGUAACAUUGAGGAGGACAUGGAGGUGUCAGAUCAGCAAAAAGACAAAACAAAGGACAGUGAGUCAGCAGAUGAGUAUGCAGAUAUUGAUGAUUCACUCUGCCAUAAGGAAGACGACUUUGAGCAACUAGAGUGUGUCUCAUCAGAGGAUUACGUUGAGAUAGGGGACGAUGACGACGAAGACGAAGAAGUGGAGAAGAAACAUAUUCGCAUAAAAACGGUAAAAGAGAGAACAGCUAAACGAGAGCAGGCUUUCAACAGCCAAAGAAGAAGCUGCCAACCUCGCCUCAGGUUGUGCAACAUCACAGUGCCAGCAGAUCUAGACUUGGGCCGUACCCCAGAGCUCACCAACAGGGUCGUGUUUGCCCACACCACUGAGGCCUUCGAAGAGGACAUUGAGGAACUGGACUGUCACAUCGUGCCUUACCACGAAGACACAGACUCAGACAGCGAAGAGCAUAUAUACGAAGAGGCUGGGUUCGACUCCGAAGGGGAGAACUUUGUGACUCUUGAUCGAAAGACGAUUGUCUCACGAUCCCGAUCCUAUUCUGGGAAAGUUCCAGGUUACGUCCCAGAAACUGUGCCAGAGGAGACGGGGACUGAAUACCAGACACAUGACUACUGCACCGUGGCCUUGGAUAAGAAUGGUGAACCUCUCAACCAUUCACAGCCACCUGGAGUCAAAUGCCUGGUGCCAUCUUCAAAGUCUCGUCGCUUCUUGUUUUAUUCCCCAUCUGCAGAGGGUCCAGAAUUGUCCCUGACCUCCCCAACAGAGAUGAACCAAUCUCUCAGGGAUGAAGUCCGGAUGAGGAGGAAAGAUGAUAACCUUUCCCUCCCAUGUGUCAUAACUUCCUCUGGAAGCUUCUCCCAGCGUAGCCAUCAAUCGUCUAGUGGUGUUUCCACACCAACAUCUCUAGUGGACAUCCCUCCACCCUUUGAGCUGGCAUACAUCACUAAAAGACCAGUCACUAAGAGUUCCCCAUCCCUCCUGAUCCAGCAUGAACCCAGUGAUAUACCUAAGAAGAAAACAUCCUCCUUCAAGCGCUUUCUGGCGCUCAAGUUCAAAAAGAAGACAGAUUCAAAGGGAUUCAGUGACGGAAGUGUCCGCUCUUCACGUUCCUCCUCUGAGUCUAGCCACCACGGCCCAGCAAGAGUCAUAGAGCUUGAUCGUAGAAGCAACGGCAGCUCUCCUCAGCUCCAGUCCCGCGUGGUGAACCCCCAGCAACGUCCUUCAGACCUUCCAUCCACCUUGAUCCUCUAUAAAGACCACCAGAGGACGAAAGCAGACCUCAAAGCUUAUGGCAGGAGUGUGUCCAGAGUGGAGUCCUUUGAGGAGAGGUCUCGCCGCUCCGCCAUGCCACUUCCUUUGACCAAACCCCGGUCCAUAUCCUUCCCCAGUGCAGAUACCUCAGACUAUGAAAACAUCCCGGCCAUGAGCUCAGACUACGAGAACAUCCAGAUCCCGGGAAGGCCCACCAGAUCCCACACCGUCACCGAGUUCUUUGAGAAUCCAAACCGCACAACGGUUCCCUGCAACGAGAAUGAUGGUUAUGUGGAUAUGAACAGUUUCCCCGGGAUUGAAAGCAAAACCCAGUCACUGAAAGCCGACACUGAAAGUGCCUACACAGAGCCGUUCCCGAUGAACCCCGUCUCUGCUGGGCUGUCAGCGGAUGAGGACCACGGGCGCACGUCAGAGGAGGAGGAUGGUGUUGGGGAGCAAGGUUUUGACAAACAGAUUGAUGGCCGAUCCCGAGCGUUCUACAUCGCCAAGGAGCUCGUCGACUCCGAGAGACAACACGUCAGUGCCCUCAAGCACCUUCAGGAGGAUUUCAGGUCAGCGGUGGCUGAGGCGGUGGACGAGGAAGGGGAGCAGGUGCUGGAGGAGCAGAGGCUGGGGGAGAUACUGGGAGUGCUCCCCCAGGUCUACACCCUCCACGGCAGCAUCCUGACUGAGCUGGAGGAGCGAAUUAGUCAGUGGGAGGAGAGCCAAAUGGUGGCAGACGUGAUCUUGUCACGCCGGGAAGACUUUGGGGUGUUCGACACAUACAUCUCGGAGUACGAUCGCAGCAUGUCCUUACUGGAGGAGAGCUGCAGGACCAACCCGGCUUUUGCCAGCGUCGUCAAGAAAUUUGAGACCAGGAGCCCAGAGGAAGCUGAAGUCCCACUGAAACACCAGCUGCUGCAGGUUAUAGUGAGAGUACUCCAGUACCGCAUGCUUCUCACAGAUUACCUGAACAACCUGUCUCCUGAUUCUAAAGAAUACGAGGACACACAGGCUGCCUUGGUGAUUGUGUCCGAGGUAGCCGACCAGGCCAACGACAAUCUGAAACAGGGGGAGAACUUGUUGCGUCUGGUCCACAUAGAGUACAGCAUGAGGGGGAAGAGGGACCUUCUGAAGCCUGGAAGGAUGUUUGUCAAGGAGGGCACACUGAUGAAGGUGUCGAGGAAAAGCAGGCAACCGCGCCACCUGUUUCUGAUGAACGACAUCAUGCUGUACACCUACCCUCAGCAGGAUGGAAAAUACAGGCUUAAAAACACACUGUCCCUGUCAGGGAUGAAGGUGAGCAAACCCGUAGUAGACAACGUGCUCAACUGUCUUAAGAUUGAGGUGUCUGACAUCACCAUUACACUCUCUGCCAGUUCGGUUGGAGAGAGGGAGGACUGGUUCCACACACUGAGUCGAGCCAUAGCGGACCAUGCUGCAGGACUCUGCACCUUUGGUGGACCCUGCAGCGAGCAGGCCCGUGAGAAGCUGUGGAUGGCCCUCGGUGAGGCUGCGCCUGUACUGGUGCCGGUUUCUCAUGUGAUGAUGUGCAUGAACUGUACCUCCGACUUCAGCCUCACACUCAGACGACACCACUGCAAUGCCUGUGGCAAGGUGGUGUGUCGUGCUUGCUCAAGAAACAGAUACCCACUGAAGUACCUCAAAGACAGGGUGGCCAAAGUGUGUGACCACUGCUACGCGGAGCUCAGGAAAAGAGGUGGAAGCGUGUCAGGGGCUUGCGGUAACUCCAGCCCUCGGACUCAUCGGGCUAGUCGUCCCCUCUCUGCUGUCUUCCAGAGCCUGCAGCCCCCCAGUCUGUGGAAGUCCAGGAAGAGCACGUCAACUCUCAGCCAGGUGUCUCUUGGGGUGGAUGGCUCCACCAUGAGCGGGAGCCUUCAUCGCCGGAAGAAGAGCAAAAGGAAAUGGAAACGACUGUGGUUCCUCCUCAAAGACAAGGUGCUCUACACCUUCACAGCCCGUGAGGAUAAAGUGGCGUCAGAAAGUCUGCCGCUGCAGGGCUUCACUGUCAAGCUAACAGAGCGGCCAGAGGGAGAGGAAAGCAGCAACGUCUUCCAGCUGUAUCACAAGAAGACACUCUACUACACCUUCAGAGCUGACGACCAGCACACUGCACGCAGAUGGGUCAACGCCAUGGAGGAGGCUACUGUUUUAUAGCAUCCGCUCAGUUACAUGAAUAAUGCCUGCUGUAUGUGACUGCUAGAACUCCUCUAUGGAGCACAACAUAGCUACCUGCUGCAUCUGAACUCAAAACAUCAGUAAGGAUUCAUCACAUUCUGGCCUGUUGUGGAAGAUUAAAGGCCAUUUCAUCACCAGGAGGAGUUUAGCUUAAAGCUGCCACCCAGUGGCAGGGAAGUGAAAGUGAGGCGCGAGUCAGACGCAUGCUACAAUGUGGUAAAGAGAAAAUGGAAAAUGAUCUAAAACACAAGAACUUUUUGGUUCCUAAUGCACUGAUUUGACGAGAUCACGAGAGUCUUCACUUUUCAGGAGCAGCUUGGAUAAAUUAAAUGUUUCUUCUCACAGCCUCAGAGAGGACCGUCUCGCAUUUUCUCAUGAACCAUCUCACAAUCGUCUACAACUUUUCAACUUUGCAGCAUCUUGAUGUCUUUUUACCACUGGAGUUUGUCCUGGAUUAAUAGAGCCAUAGUGUGCAACUUAUAUUACAUUCAAGCCCUUGACAACAAGUUAACAAAAUUAGCUAGUAUUUAUGGGGUAAAUCUUUAUAUUUUACAGAACACCAGAAUGUUAAAGCUGCUUUCUGUUUCAUCAUCCAAUAAUGACUAUCUGCCAAGACUGAAGAGGGGAACAACUAAAGCGACAGCGUGUGGUGGCGAAACAAAAGUUACUAAUGUAACACGGGUUCUGUGAAUUCCUCGUCUCUGGUGAUCAGGAAAAAAAAUGAAGUAGAACUGAGGAAGUGUCCCGAGAAAAGGUUCCUGAUGCUGCAGAUGAAAAGAACCAUGGAUCACUGGUGUAGCUGGACAGAACAAUGAAUGAAGAGAAGGCCCUAAGGAACUGUAGGCACGCGUCCCAGUGUCAUAUGCACUACCACAAAAGUCCCGCACUGUAGCUUUAAACCAUUCCUUUUGUUCGGCAGGAGAACAUGCAAUCAGAUCAUUUGCAGCUGUGCAUCAGACAGCUUUUGUGACAACACCAAAAGCAAACUUUUCUUCACUGUAGUAUUCAUAUCGUGUAAAAGGGAAAAUAUUUGCCACUGUUUUUGAGGGAUAUUUGGUAUUCUGGAUAUAUCAUGUGAACUAUACACUGCAAAUAUCGAAGUGAAUUAUAUGAUUUAUUUGUAUUAAAAUGGUGUUACCUGACGUUCUGAGUAAGGGUUCAUUUUAAUCAUCACAGUAUGUGUAUAUUAUAUAUCUUGUGGAGUUUUACACAGUGUUACUCUUGUAUUGAAUCUGCAGAGCUAUGAAAUGACCCUCAGCAUGUCAGCCACCCGAAGGUGUUUAAAAUGAACACUCUUAAAGUUUGUUUUUGUUUGUUUGUUUGUAUAUUAAUCUGUAGGUUUUUAAAUCUUUUAGAAAUUUGUCAUACAGUUCUUAAGUGCCAAUUGCUUUCUUCCAGUUGAAUGCAGUGCAAUUUGCAAAUGAUGAUGAAUGUGCCUGGAGUGACAUUGUACCCCCUCAUUCUUUAUGUUAUCACAGUACUGUAAGGAGAAAGCUUGCUUUUUAUCUACUUUUUUCCCCCCAGUAUUUCCAACCUUUCAGUUACUGUCCAGUAAUAUAAGAAUAUAGUAUUGUGCCAUCUUUAAGAAUGCCUUCCUCAUGCUGUAUAUAUGCUGCUAGAUGGAAUCAUUUGUUGUCCCUUUGACUAAAUGGAAAGUGAAAAAAAAAAGCCUCUGUCAAACUACCUAUAUACUAUAUCCUCUCACAUGUCUUCAGCAGAACGGAGGACAAUGGAGUUCCAUUCUUCUCUCCUGUUUUUGCAUAAUCAGUUUUCUAUAGUUUCUCCUCUAAAGGCAUUAUCUGUUCUAUUCCUGGACGGAGCUUCACGACACGUCAUCCUUCACCCCUCGGAGGGCAUUAUUUCUAAAGCACACGUUUGUUCAUCUAGUGCAACUUUUCUACGUAUUUCCUACGACUCACGCCUACAGUGUUAUUUUACGGAUUGUACCUCUAGCAUAUAGAGCAUUGUAAAUGUUUAUGUAUAUAGAUGCAUAUAAAAAUAAACCACUUAAAAAAAUUG